CCCGGGAACCUAGGGCGUUGGGUAGGGCAGAAAAUGGACACAAAUGAUCCUGAACUGCUCAGGCUUCAGGCGAGGCUAGGGAUGGAGGAGGGCCUCUCCCUAUCUCCUCCCUUCCCCAGGGUUGCUCUCAGACUACAGCUCCCAAGAUGCAUUGCACCACCCACCACACCCCUCCGCACCACGCACUAUCCACCAUCCCCCACCUCCACAGCCUGACCUGCUGCAGCUGGAGGAGCUAAGGAAGCCAGCCGAGCAUGGUGGGGAGGGGAGCGGGUCCCAGGCUCUGGAGACAGUUUCCGCGGCCUCUCCCCACCAGGCGGCCCUGAAUCGCCAAGCGCACGUCUGGUCCCUGCAUGCAGACCUUUCCCCUCUUCUGUAGACUUGUUUGCACCCCCCUCGCUUUUGCCCUCCCCACCCUUCCCUGGGUUCCGGAACGCUACUCUUCAGUCCGGGAUCUGCCCUUCUCGGCACCACUCGUCAUUAAGGAAAUGCAAUGAGCCGGUGCCCUCGCGUCCUCAUCGCCUCCCCGGGCACGGUACCCGUUUGGUGGUGGGGAGGGAGCCCCUCACUGUCCCUUCGUGACGCCCCUUCUUUGGGCCUCCUUCCAGCUGGCGUCCCCGGGCGAUGCCCCAGAGGACCUAGCCAGGAGGUGGGCUUUACAGCGAGGGCUGUGGAAAGGAUAAAGAACCAGGGCUUGGGUGCUUCUGAGAUGCUUCCAAGUAUCAAGGGGGACCGAGCGAGGUGCGGGCUACUGGGCGGCAGGCAUGAUGCCCUCGCCUAGUGACUCCAGUCGCUCGCUGACCAGCCGGCCCAGUACCCGGGGCCUUACCCACCUCCGCCUCCACCGACCCUGGCUCCAGGCCCUGCUCACGUUGGGGCUGGCCCAGGUGCUCUUGGGCAUCCUGGUGGUAACCUUCAGCAUGGUGGCCUCCUCUGUCACAACCACCGAGAGCAUCAAGAGGUCCUGCCCAUCUUGGGCUGGGUUCUCGCUGGCGUUCUCCGGGUUGGUUGGCAUUGUGUCCUGGAAGCGGCCAUUCACUCUAGUGAUCUCUUUCUUCUCCUUGCUUUCGGUGCUCUGUGUCAUGCUCAGCAUGGCCGGUUCUGUCCUCUCCUGUAAGAAUGCCCAGCUGGCCCGGGACUUCCAACAAUGUUCCAUGGUGAGAUUUGAGGAAGGGAAGGUCUGCAUAUGCUGCCCCCCUGUCCGCCUACACAGACCUUGUCCAGAGUGGGGCCAGGAGCUGAAAGUUGCCCUUAACUCCACCUGUGAUGAAGCCAGAGGGGCCCUCAAGAACCUGCUCUUCAGUGUCUGUGGUCUAACCAUCUGUGCUGCGAUAAUCUGUACCCUCUCUGCUAUUGUCUGCUGUGUCCAGAUCUUCUCCCUGGAUCUGGUGCAUAUGAUCGCCCCUGACCGCUCCGCCUCAGGCCCCCUGGGGCCCCUGGCCUGUCCGUCCUCGCCUCCGGCGCCUCUCCUCCACACUAUGCUAGAUUUGGAGGAAUUUGUCCCGCCUGUGCCCCCACCACCCUACUACCCUCCAGAGUACACCUGCAGUUCAGAGACAGACGCACAAAGCAUCACGUAUAAUGGCUCCAUGGAUAGCCCAGUGCCCUUGUAUCCUACUGAUUGCCCCCCUUCUUACGAGGCCGUCAUGGGGCUGCGAAGAGACAGCCAGGCCACGCUGUUUGAUCCUCAGCUUCACGAUGGCUCCUGUGUCUGCGAGCGGGUGGCCUCCAUUGUAGAUGUGUCCAUGGACAGUGGGUCCCUGGUGUUGUCAGCCAUUGGCGACCUCCCUGGGGGCUCUAGCCCGUCAGAAGACUCGUGCCUGCUGGAACUCCAGGGCUCUGUGCGCUCCGUCGAUUACGUGCUCUUCCGCUCCAUCCAGCGCAGCCGCGCAGGCUACUGCCUUAGCCUGGACUGCGGCCUCCGGGGUCCCUUUGAAGACAGUCCCUUGCCACGGCGACCCCCACGGGCUGCCCGCUCCUAUUCCUGCUCAGCCCCUGAAGCCCCGCCUCCACUGGGUGCCCCCACGGCUGCUCGCAGUUGCCACCGGUUGGAGGGCUGGCCGCCCUGGGUGGGACCUUGCUUUCCCGAGCUGAGGCGGCGGGUCCCCCGAGGAGGCAGCCGCUCAGCUGCACCCCCUCCUGCCCGAGCACCAGCUCGGCGCUUCAGUGAUAGCUCAGGUUCCCUCACCCCACCCGGACACCGGCCUCCUCACCGGACACCCCCUCCACCACUGCUGCUGCCAAGGUCUCACAGCGACCCAGGCAUUACCACCUCCAGCGACAUCGCUGACUUCAGGGACUUUUAUACCAAAGUGCUUGAGGAAGAAGCUGCCUCUAUCUCCUCUGCAGACACAGGGCUCUGCUCUGAAGCCUGCCUUUUCCGCCUAGCCCGCUGCCCUUCCCCCAAGUUGCUACGUGCUCGCUCAGCCGAGAAACGCCGCCCAGUGCCCACCUUCCAGAAGGUUCCCCUGCCUUCAGGUCCUGCACCUGCCCACUCUCUAGGGGACCUGAAAGGAAGCUGGCCAGGCCGGGGCCUGGUCACCCGUUUCCUCCAGCUGUCUAGGAAGUCCCCGGACCCUGCAGGCACUGGAGCCCAUGGAUAUAAGCAAGUGCGCAGGAGCCCAUGGGGCCGGCCAGGUCGAGAGAGCCUCCACCUUCGCAGCUGUGGUGAUUUGAGCUCUGGCUCCUCCCUAAGGCGACUCUUGUCUGGACGCAGGCUGGAGCAUGGCAUCCGCCCACACAGCCUCAGCCUCAAUGGAGGCAGCCGGGAGACUGGGCUCUGAUUCCGGCGUGUUCCGUUGAACAGAUCAGAGGCAUGCUGGAGCCUUAAGUGCCAGGGUUAGGACCGGCAGCCCUCAGCAGCCCUGUGCACCGCUGGCUGGCUCAAAACGAAAUCCGCUGUAUACUCUCCCAAGGUGUCCCUUUCCUGCCUGCCUGUGAGGGCGCCUGUUGCUUGCCUCUGUCCCUCUGAACGGCAGAGCUUCUGUCCUGUGCUGCAUGGGUGUUCGAGUUGUGGGAGGAAAUGUCCCCUGCUUACAGCAUCGACGGAGGAAAAUUAGUCCCCUCCUCCUCCCCGCAUGAGAGUGCCUCUUUCUGAUACUCAAGGGCACUGCACGGGGGCAAAAGCGGAGUGUUUCCUUGCCAAGUGGUGGUAGGGCAGGCGAACAGAGACAGGAAUUUAGGUGGCUUGUCAGCUUUGCCACCUCCAGCUGCAUGACCUCAGGCAGUUAAUUACCCUUAACUGCUUGACCUAUACGUUGUGAACAGGAAUGUUUGUAACACUACGCCUUCAAUAAAUUUCCAUUUCUCCCUUC